AUGCUUACAGAAAUUAAUGAUAGUAUCACUAAGUUAAUAAAAAAGGCUUUAAAUAUUCUUCUGAAUAUUGAGCAUAAGGAUGAUAGUGCUGAGAUUAUAGAAGCAUUCAAAAUUUAUUCUAUUGCAAUGGAUUUUAAAAUUGAUUGUGAGGAAGAAAAAUUGUCGUCUAACAUGUUUGGAAUUAAUAACACUAUCGAAAGCAUGCAAGCUAGCAUUAUAGCCUUUUACGAGAAACUUGACAAUAGUUAUAUGGAAUAUAAACCUCCAAAAAACACUAUCAAGUGCAGCAAAAUAUUAAAUAAAAUCAAACAAUGGGAUGAUUUUUUACAAAUUUUUAAAGAAUAUCAAAAUCAGCAUCCCAGGGGUGAUAUUUUAAAAAUUAGAGGAAUCCGCCGAUAUGCAGAUUUUGCUGAUGAUUUAAAUCAAACUCUUUAUGAUUUUUAUGAUUAUUUCUUAAAUUUUAGAAUUCAAAAUAAUGAAGUUAAGCACCCAAAACUUCUGGAGGACUGUGUUAAUAAUAUCAAAAAAAAAUGAAGCCAAAUAAAAAGCUUUGAGGGAGUAAAAAUCCAUUUAAAUUCAAAUAUUGUUAAUCUUGAAGAAAUACAAUCUAAUGUAAUCAAAUCAAUUUCAGGUGAAAUUUAUAGGAUUGUCGAAGACGCUUCAAAUUUGAUAAAGAAAGAUGAUAUCAGGAAAGAAGAUUUUAAUCAAAUUCAGAUUUAUUAUAAUUGUUUGACUCAUUUCGAGGCAAAUUUAAGUAUUAAAGGUUUUGAUUGCAAUCAUACACUUAGAAUGAUAGAAGACAAAAUUUAUGAAAAAACAUUAGAAUUAAAGGAAAAAGCUGAAAAAGGAGAGGGAGCAAGCGAAAUUGUUGAGUCUAUGAUAGGCAUGAAAAAUAUUUCAAAUAAUUUUCCUUUAUUAAAGAAACGAUUAGAUUCAAUUUUAGAUGAAUUUUUAGAGACAUUUAGGAAAAAGAACAAAACAAAAGCAGUCGCAAUCUUAGAAGAGCUAGAAAAGCACCCUAGUGGACUAGGACUCUGCAUUAUCACAGAACAUAAAUUCUUUGAUGGAGUUAUGCAAAGAUUGUGGCUGAAAAAAACUCAAGAACAUGGAAUCGACUAUGCCUUGGAGCAUAUCCAAGGCUCAAAUCUGAAUAUUGAAGAGCUAAAUGAUAAUUAUUUUGACUACAUUGAAAAAUUAGGUGAAAUCCAAAAAAAUUAUCUAAGAUUGGCUAGCAAUAAAGGAGUGAAUACUGCGAUAGCUCAAAUAGUUAGCGAAAUCCAGGUUCUAUCUAAAAAAUAUAUGGAAAAUUGUCGAAAUCCAAAUAUUAGUCUAAUAAAAGAAUAUAUUCCAGAGCUUUUAGCGUAUAUUGCAUGGCUAUGGGUACUUUUGAAUAUUGAAAAAUACAAGCAAGAUAUGAAUGAUGAAGAUAAUCAAAUUGCAUUCAUAACACCUCAUCCUAUACAAGUCCUAUCAAUAUUUCGUAUGCUUGGGAUUGGCUAUAAUGAGAAUACAAACCCUGGAAAUAAUCUUGUGCAAAUUUUAACUGGGGAAGGAAAGUCAAUUACAUUGGCAUUCUUAUCAUCUAUUCUUGCUUUAUUGGGAUUUGAUAUAAAUUGUGCUUGCUAUAGUGAGCAUCUAAGUAAAAGAGACUCUCAAGAUUUUGAGCCUUUAUACACAGCUUUAAGUAUUUGCUCUUAUAUAAAGUAUGGAACUUUUAAUCAACUUUGUGAAGAUGAAAUCAAUUCUAAAGGAGAUAUUAGAGAGAUAGUUUUAGAUUUUAUUAGACUUGGAAAGAUUCCUAACAUUAGCUAUAGAGAUAAUGAAAGACCUAAAAUUCUCCUAAUAGAUGAAGUCGAUGUAUUUUUCACUAAAUCAUUUUAUGGAAAUAUUUAUAGGCCCCUCGCAAAGCUUAAAGAUCCAACAAUUAACAAUUUAACAGAUUACAUAUAA